AAAACUGAUUCGCGACGAAACUGCUCACCUGAGCGAUUGAGAUAAAGCGAUAUUGUGCAGAUACUGAAGUGACGGAUUGUGAGAAUGCGUUAUCCUUGCGUGAAGCAGUGACACCGCUGCUGAUGGAACCCGGGACGUAGUUUUGGGACAAAAGCGAGGCUAUGUAGACAUGGUGAGGUCAUGCGGAAGUGCGUGGCGGGAAAUUUGAAUCGGCGGGGUUGAGAAGCCGUGGCUGCCCGGAGUGCCGCAUCCGAUGAGCGACAGAGCCCCUGCCGGUGCGGAUGGCUGCUGUGGCCGGACUCUACGGCUUCGGUGACGAUUCCAGGACUAUCGCCGCCCGCUUCCUCGAGCGACAACGAACCAAGGACUCCGCUGAUACGUCGCUGCCAAAACUUAGCAGUCAAGACGAGGACGGGGCCCCUCACGGACAGUACACAGGAGUAAACCUUUUUGAACCCAUACCACACGACCACGAUUUUUGUGAAAGGGUAGUGAUAAACGUGAGUGGUCUGCGGUUCGAGACGCAGCUGCGGACGCUGAACCAGUUCCCGGAGACGCUUCUGGGGGACCCGGCGCGGCGGAUCCGCUACUUCGAUCCGCUGCGCAACGAGUAUUUUUUCGACCGGAACCGCCCGAGCUUCGACGCCAUCUUGUAUUACUACCAGAGCGGCGGCCGGCUUCGGCGCCCAGUCAACGUUCCCCUCGAUGUGUUCUCAGAGGAAAUCAAAUUCUACGAACUGGGUGAACUCGCUACCAACAAGUUUAGGGAGGACGAGGGUUUCAUCAAGGAAGAGGAGAAGCCGCUGCCGAACCACGAGCUGCAGCGGAAAGUGUGGCUCUUGUUCGAGUACCCAGAAUCGAGUCAGGCGGCCCGCGUCGUCGCAAUCAUUUCCGUCUUCGUCAUCCUCCUCUCCAUCGUCAUCUUCUGCCUCGAAACUCUCCCCGAGUUCAAACACUACAAAGUCUUCAACACCACCACCAACCUCACCAAAAUCGAGGAGGACGAGGUACCGGACAUGACGGACCCGUUCUUCCUGAUCGAAACGGUGUGCAUCGUCUGGUUCUCGUUCGAGCUGACGGUGCGGUUCCUGGCCUGCCCGAACAAGUUCAACUUUUGCGGCGACGUCAUGAACAUCAUCGAUAUAAUCGCCAUCAUUCCGUACUUCAUCACCCUGGCCACGGUCGUAGCAGAGGAGGAGGACGCCAUCAACCACCCGAAGGCCCCCGUCUCCCCGCAGGACAAGUCGACGAACCAGGCCAUGUCCCUGGCCAUCCUUAGGGUCAUUAGAUUAGUCCGCGUUUUUCGAAUAUUCAAAUUGUCCCGUCACUCCAAGGGCCUCCAGAUCCUGGGUCGAACGUUAAAAGCCUCCAUGAGGGAACUAGGCUUGCUCAUUUUUUUCUUAUUUAUAGGUGUGAUUUUAUUCUCAAGCGUGGUCUACUUCGCUGAGGCCGGUACCGAACAGUCCUACUUCAAGUCCAUCCCGGACGCGUUUUGGUGGGCAGUCGUCACCAUGACAACAGUAGGCUACGGCGACAUGAGGCCGGUCGGCGUUUGGGGGAAAAUCGUCGGUUCCCUGUGCGCCAUUGCCGGAGUGCUGACCAUAGCUCUUCCAGUUCCUGUGAUAGUCUCAAAUUUCAACUACUUCUACCAUCGAGAAACCGACCAGGAAGAUAUGCAAUCUCAAAAUUUCAAUCAUGUUACCAGUUGUCCAUAUCUUCCUGGUACCUUAGGUCAACAUAUGAAAAAGAGUUCGCCCUCUUCGUCAACUUCAGAUAUUAUGGAGCUUGAAGAAGGCCUUCUUCUUGGUGGUGGUAAGGAGGUGAAAAACUUGAAUUGCAAUCCAAGGCUGCUUAAUCAUAAUGCUAGCGUAAUGGAGACUGAUGUUUGACUAGCCGUUUUACGUAUAUGCUGUCGUGGCCUUGCUGUUGUAUACAUGAGCAUCUGAUGUCCAUGCUGUGAUGCUCCUGUGCUGAUGUGUUGCUGUGUGUGGUCAUGCCAUGUAUUUUUAUUUUUUUUAUCCCAUGGCCUUGACCAGAUGAUGCCCUCCACCAUACAUAGCACCGUUCAUCAGCUGUCACACCACUCCGUCGGUUAAUUCUAAAUCUCAUUUAACUUCAGGUAAUACUUCGCGAACUGACAGUAUCGUGUCCAGGUACUUAUAAAUAAUUUUUUACUACGGACCAGUGCAUCGCCUCACGAAUUUCGCGCCACAAGAUGAAAGCUUAAUUGGACGUAUUUCUACCAAACAGACCUAUGUGCAGGUGAGAAAUAUGGGGUGUGCUCUAGAAAGCUGCAUAAGAAGCAAUAUAAAAGUGGGCGUGAUUCCUUUUGAAGAAUUGGAAAAGCGGGAUUUUACAUUCUAUCAAACAGACCUAUGUGCCAACUGAAUGCGAGACUCAUGAGCCGCGGGCAAUCGGGUAUGGCAAGAGAGCUUCGUGAACAGGGCUCAUGAGUUGGAUUGCAUUUUGCAAAAAAGAACCACUAGCAUUGCAAUGAUGCUAAGAUUG